ACGAGGAACUCUCCAGUCUAAAGUGUAGUUUGUUGGCUCCACGUUGAAGCCCACAACUCGGUCAGCAUCUUUCAAGGCUCGGAGUGGGGGGGGGGCUUCUUUUUCUUUUCUUUCCUUUCUCUGAGGACAAGAUAUUUUUAUUAAUAUUUUGUGUAAUCAUUUUUUUCCGCAACGCUUUCGUCACCUUUUUAAAAAAAACAACAACUUUUUUUUGGUUAUAUGAGCUCAACAUGACGUUCAGGAGGCUGAAGAAGGUGAACUCUAGCGAGCCAGAGAGCGGAACCGCAUCUCAAGACAGCGACAUUUAUUUCCCCUCGUCAAAGUCAGACAGUUGCAGGACUGUUGUCUUACCGACAAACUCCUCGGAGGUUUACAACCACAAGACUUUGGCUUACUCUGGAGGGACGCUGCCCAGGAACUUCAAAAAGGGUGGCGGGUUGCAGAAGUGGAAACCUUUAACACUGACUCCAGAACCACAAAGAAAUGUGGUGGUCCUGGAGAAAAAUGAAGAGGAGUCGUUUGGUUUCGAGAUCCAGACUUACGGGCUGCACCAUCAAGACCAGAACUCUGUUGAGAUGUGCACGUUCGUUUGCAAGGUGCACGAUGACAGCCCGGCCCAGCAGGCAGGACUCAAAGUUGGGGAUACCAUCUCGAGUGUGAACGAGGCCACCGUGGAGGGAUUUCGGCACAAGGAGAUUGUUCAGCUCAUCCGGGCGUGCGGACACACACUCAGGCUGGAGACGGUUUACAGCGACACGAUCCGAAAAGCGGAACUGGAAGCCCGGCUGCAGUUUCUGAAGCAAACUCUCCAUGAGAAAUGGGAUGAAUAUCGGUCGUUGAUGGUGCAGGAGCAGAGGCUCGUUCAUGGCAUAGUGCUCAGCGACGCUGCGGUCUACGAGUCCCUGGAGUCGGCGGGGAUGUACGGCAGCUUCGGCACUCCCAGCCCCGCCGCUCAGAGGGCCCUGCGCUGCACCGGCAGCACCAGCAGCAGCGCCAGCUUCCUCAGCACGGCCACCGAGGACGACCCGCUCUACCAGACCUGCCUGUACCCGGCGGACUCGACCGGCGCCGCAGACAAGAAUAAAGAGCAGAAGCCGCCGCAGAGGCAGCAGCAACGCCUGCGGCCGGCCAGCGAGCUCUUCGCCGCCGCCAAGACGCAGCUGACCCGCAGCGCCAGCACUCGCAGCUACAUGAGGGGGUCUCAAUCGCAGUCGACCCCCUCGGGGGAGAAGCAGGGGGGGUUCAGCUCGCUGCAGCGGAAGCCCAAACAGAAAAGCUUCCGCAGGCGCCUCCUCAAGUUCAUCCCCGGGUUGAACCGACCGCUGGAGGAGGAGGAGAGCAAACUGUAAGCGCUGAACGCCGCAGACCCAGAGACUUGAAGCACCAGGGACUGUCCACUUAAGUUACCAAAGAAGAAAAAAGAGAAGAUUGUAGAGAGACCAAAGUUAAUGGCUGUGCGGUCGCACAUCUCCACGUUCGACCAAAUGAUCACGUGGCCACAUGUUCUGUGGCCCUCGAGGUUUCCAAGCUGUAAAUAACCUUUGUUUUCCUUUUUAGUUUUUUAAGUUAUUUAUUUAUUUUUAACAUGUCACUGUACAAAAUGAAAAAGAUUUCUCCGUUUUUACCCAAUGCAAUUUUUGUUUUGACAGCCGAGUAAAUGACACGUUAUAAUUUUUAUGCAACAUUUAGUUAGAGACAACCGUGAUAUCUACUUUAGUUUAUUCAUAUUGAUUCUGUUUUUGUCUUGUUGAAGUCAAGGUUCCAGAAAAUAAAUUAUGUCAUCUUCCUA